CAGCGAGGUGUAUCGAUAAACAUAUACCUGUCUAAGGUACGUUUUGAAUUUGUGAAGGUUAAUAAUAUCGACGGAAUUAGCAAUGGGCGACGAGAAAAAACCUACAGCAUGCUACGAUAAUCCACUGUUUGUUGAGCAAGAUGGCACCAAAGCCUACAAUGGUGGUAAAGCUGUCAAUCAAGAAACCAAACCACAUGCACGUGCCAAGGAUUACAUGCACACACUUCCACAACAGCCACACGAGGUGACAUUUAAAUCUUCUAAAUCCAGUAGAAAAAAACGAUUAUGGAUAAUAGCUUUUGUUAUUAUCACAGUAAUAGUUGUUGGCAUUAUUAUAGGACUUCUGGCACACUUUCUAGGAGAAGUAAAAUCUACCCAACAACCUCAACUGCCUGUGAUAUCACGUACAGACGAAAUAAAGGGCAGUUUAAGAAUCAUACAGGGGCCUUUUUCUGUGUAUACUAAAAAUCUAGAAGAUAAAUUAUCGCCCGCCUAUAAAUAUUUAGCAAAUUCUUUUCAGUUUAAGAUGAAUUCUAUAUUUGAAAAUAGUGAUUUUAAAACAAAUUAUGAUAGUACAGAAAUUAUAAUGUUGAGUCGAGGUAGUGUUAUAGUUAAUUUUGUGAUACAUUUAAAUGAACGAAUAGCCGUCACCAACCAAACGACAGAGCGUGUCAAAGAGUUAAUUUACCAAGGCAUGGAAAAUAGUUUAAUGGUUAUACAAGGUUCUAGUGUGAAAAUUUUUGUGGAUGCUAUUGCUGUUUUAACUACUCGUCCAACUCCACAAGAAACCUGUGAGCCAAUACGGUUGCCCCGGUGUGUGAAUAAGACAGAUUAUACCUAUACUGCCUUCCCUAAUUUGAUGGGUCAUGUGAGUCAGGACCAUGCCCAUGCUGUUAUUGAUCGUUAUGAGGCACUCUUUAGAAAGACCUGUUACGGCUAUUCCACAGAUUUUUGGUGCAACGUGUUUGUUCCACCAUGUGUCCAUGGCAAACCCCUUCCACCGUGUAAAAAAUACUGCCAAGAUGUUUUCAGUCAUUGUAAAGGUGAAUAUCCUGGAAAUCUCUCGUAUCCAUUAAACUGUGACAACCUACCAGAUUCUAAUGACCCGGAUGUUUGUCGCCAGAACCCUUACUCACAUACAGCUGGAAAAUGUAUUGAAAUAAAGUCUGAUGUUUGUAAACAAGAAGGAAGGAAAUAUACUACAUUCCCAAAUGUGAUUGGUGAUAUAGUGGAAUCAGAUACCACACUUAUAGUAGAAUUGCUGAAGGGAAUUCAAACUAUGACCCACUGUUACAGACAUACCAUGACGUUUGCUUGUUCAGCAUUCUUACCAAAGUGUAGUAAAAACCCGGUGGUGCCAUAUCAUUAUAUUCCACCCUGUAGAAGUUUAUGUCAAACUUUCAGGGAUAGAUGUGAACUGUUUAUGGAAAUAUUUAACCAUGCCUGGCCUAAAGACUUAAACUGUACAUUAUUACCAGAUUCCCCGGAUACUAACGUUUGCAUUGGUUAUAAGGAAGCUCACGAAGCACCCAAAAUUGAUGACUGUAAAAUCGGAGAAUUAAAAUGUGAUACAACUGUAUGCAUCCCACAAAAUUGGGUCUGUGAUGGUUAUCAAGAUUGUGCUGACAAUCAAGAUGAAAAACACUGUGCAACAUGUGCACCAAAUGAAUUUAGUUGUUCACCAGCUUCCACCCAGUGUAUACCAACAACAUCUGUAUGUGACGGUAUCAUUGAUUGUUAUGAAGGAGUCGAUGAAUCAGAAUGUGCUAAGCUCAGAGUCGAUGAGAAUCAUUAUAGAUUAGAAGUUUUAAAUAUAAGCAGUCAGUCCAAUGAUUCGUGGGAAGAGGUAUGUGCUGAUGGCUGGAACAGAACACACAGUCAACUUGUCUGUAAACAAUUGGGAUACAACCAUGUUUCAAGUACAUUAUUAUCGGCUGGAAGUGGUAAGCCAACUAUGGUACUCACUGACCAAGCUCCGGGUACAGAUCCUACCCUUAUUCAAAGCUACCUCACAAAAAAACAGUGCUUAGAGAAAUUAGUAGUGAAAAUAAUUUGUGAAGAUCCAGUGUGUGGAAUUCGGCCCGCUCAUCAUACUAGUUUGUUACGUAUUGUUAAUGGUGACGAAGCUUUACCUGCUUCCUGGCCAUGGUUAGUUUCUUUACAUGGUGGAUCCGCUGAGAAAUUCUUCUGUGGUGCCAGUAUUAUAAAUGAGCGCUGGUUACUAACUGCUGCCCAUUGUGUAGGCGGAGGGGUAAACAUCGUAAAAGCAUGGACAAUCAAAGCAGGAGCCACCCGGCGGAAUACAUAUAGUAGACACAGACAAGUACGUCAUGCCAAGAGACUAGUUCGCCAUCCAGAAUUUCAAAUAGUUGAUAACGAUAUUGCUUUGAUCCAGUUAAGCGAGCCACUAAUCUUCACAGACUACGUUAGGCCUGUCUGUUUACCAAAACAAAAUGAACAGCCGGUUGUGGGUAAAAAGUGUGUUGCUGCUGGCUGGGGUAAACCGUAUCAAGAAGCUGAUGGUUAUAUGAGAGCUGCACAACAGUUAUAUUUAGACAUAGUUGACUGGCAAUCUUGUAAAGAUGCGGUAAAAAAUGCUGAACAGAAAGUACCUUAUGAGAUGACGGAAAAUAUGUUCUGUGCUGGAGGAACUAUUGAUCACGACGCAUGUGCAGGAGAUAGUGGAGGACCGUUUGUUUGUCGGAAAGAAAAUACAACCGAUGUAUGGGUACAAAUGGGAAUUGUAUCAUGGGGUGUCGGUUGUGCCGUUCCACAUGUUCCUGGAAUUUAUACCGUACUACCACAUUACAUAGACUGGAUCCGAGAAACUAUUCAUCAUUAUGAUGAUCCGCAUUAGAAAUAAUAAUACAAAAGGGGCGGAAUUAAAAUAACAAGUGUACAUAAUGGAAUCGUAUGAAGGUUCCAGCAUCCUCGUAAACUAUCAAUGAUAAAUUAAAAGAGGACAAUUUGUGUUUGUUACUGUAUACAGCACAACUAAUAUAAAUCUCGUGAGUUAUACCAGAGACAGGUGACGAUGAUUGCCAUUAUAUUUUCUCCUAAAUGACCUGAAGAUUACAAUCUACAAGUAUUGAUUUCGAUGUUUUAAUUAUUAGAAUGCUAUACUAAAUUCGGGUUCUUCCACACUGUAUGUAGAACUCUGAUCAGCAUUCUCUGAACUGUUUUCAAUUUAUUAAAGGCUUAUUUUGUACUUAUUUCACUAUAAAGAUCUGACCCCCCAAAACUACCCAGUGAAGUUAUUUUGUGGGAUAUGACGACCGUGAAGCCUACCGAUUUAUAUGUAGCUGUAGCCAGGAACUGCUUGUGGCAUCUGUUAUUAUUGGUAUACAAUUUUUACUUAUUUCAACCUAAAUUGAUAAACCGAAUAUUAAAUAUUAGAUAAUUUAUACAGCCAGCAUAAAUUCUUGUAAAGACAACCUGCUUUUUGUACUACCGCUAAUUUGAGGCUAGUACUUAAACCACUUAUUUCCUAAAUGAUGUCUCCCUCAGUUUUUUUUUUAAAGGACUAUGCUAAGUAAAGUGUAUAUCCACUUUAAAAUUUGCCUAAUCUCGUGAAAUUGUUUAGAAAUAAAAUACCAUAGCAUACUCUUCAAAGGGUGUGUGUGUGGGGAGGGGGGGGGGGGGUACCUCUUGUUUUAUUCGUUGGAAUUAAAUGUGGAUUAAUUGUAAGAUAUUGCCGCUAUAGUGCUGUCAUAUAGUAAUGGCAUAUGACAUCUGACUGAAAUCUUUAGUCUCAAUACAGAUUUCUUAAUAAUUGUACAUAAUUUGACUUAUUUGUUUGUAAUUUUGUAUGUCUUAUUGACUAUAUUCCUAAUUGGUUUAUAAUAUUUGUUUAACGUACGUAUGUUUAUUGUGAUUUCUAUAGUUGUGUUAAUGUUGUUGGUAUACAGACAGGGCGCAAUUCUACAGAAAACAAUUACUGUAUAUUAUGGAGCCACCUUUCGACUAGGCUGCUUGUCUACAGGUAGCCUCGAGCAGACACUAAGUCGAUAUUUUAAGUCCUAAAUCGACAAUUUUAGUCGAAAACACGUCGAGAACUUUGAGAAGUAUUUAUUCCGCAUCCAUUCAAUAAAAUUAAAGAGUUUUAUUUGUUCUUUGUGUGUAUGACAGACGUGAAACGGGGUAGAACCGCAUUACAAAAUAGUAUACUAUUUUUUGGGUAUGGCGGCCAUUCAGGGCAGAGGUCUAUUCUCGAAGUAGAUGGAUCACUGUGUAAAGAAUGGAUAAUAAUCAGAGGCCUGUUUCACGAAAUUUUAACUAAGAUAAAAAUCCAAAUUUUAGUAAUUUCAUUGGAUAAAAUUAGAUUGAUUUUAGUGCGCUUAACCAAUCAAAACUGAAAUAUCUACUGAAAUUUGGAUUUUAUCUUUAUUUAAGAUUUCGAGAAACUGGGCCCAGGUGUCAAAACUAGAGAAUCCUAAUCGAAAUAUCGCCCAUUAAUGAUUAAACGGUAAUUGUAUUCCAUAGAUUUGUGUCCCGUGUAUUUCCAUUUGAAUUACUAUAGGUCAUUGAAAAUAUAUGUUAGUAUAUAUAGUUGUAAUUUUCGUAUGGAUUUUAUGGUAUUUAAAUACGUGUAUUAGUAAUAGACUGUAAGUAUAAGAUGUAAUAUAAUAGAAUAACUAUGUGGACAGGGGCAGCAUUCUGUAUUCGGAACGGUCAUAGAAUAUAUUCAUUCCUGUCGGACACAGCAAUCGGGCAAAUGUCCUGGGUCUGCAGCGUGGCGGAAGCAGAUUAUAUUCGAAAGCAAUUUCAUGAGAGCAUAAAAAUUGAGCUGCCGCCUUGAUUGACAAGUUAAUUGUAGAUUACUAGCAUCUAGACGAUUCGGUUUGGAACAGAUUUACUGAACGCUCAGCCCUUAUAAAACAGGGUAAAAGCUAAGAAAGGAAAUCCUAUAAAUGAUGAACCAAGGGCAGAUAGUAAGUAAUCCUUUCCACGUCCGAUAUUCCAAAUUUAAAGCAGUCAUAAUGUGAAUAAUAACAAUACAUUUCUCCUAUAUAUACGUAAGAAAAAAACUGAAUAUAUCUUUUUUUCGAAUAAUAUUUCUAUUUGUACCCAUUAAAUAAUUGACGUCGUCUAUAGAAUAGCUUCAUGACCCAAGUUCAAAUUGUAUGUGCUUCAUGAAGAAGUUGUUGAAUACCAGUGUGAUGUACAUAUUUUGAAACCGAUAUAUUAUAUAGAUGUUUAUUACUGCCAUUUGUUAAUUAAGGGUGUAAGUAAAGUGAAUGUUAUUUCUGUUAAAUUCGCUUUACUUGUACAUUUCAAUAUUGUUAAUAUAUUAUAUUAUUAUACCUAUAUCCAUAUUGUGAUUAUUAAUUAUAUUAACUAAUAAUAUUAUUAUGUGGGAAAUUUUUAUUUUUGAUUAUUUUAAAGUUUUAGUUAGGGACUUUAUUAAUAUAAUUUUACAACAUUAAAAGUAGACAUGGUAUACGUCUAGCCUAUAACAGAUCUCUUUUAUUCUAACUUUGAUUAAUGUCUA